CUUGUAGGACUCCUGUCAGUAUCACUAUCAUAUCUGUGACUUCUGGGUUGUCUAUCUGUUACCACAGGUCGUUACUAUUCGUCGUGUAAAAAUUUUGAAUUUGCGAACCAUAUGAUUUUGGAGUAAGUACAUGAUUGAACCCCCAGGGCUAAGGGCCAUAACCGGGUUAAAGACUAAAGUGGCAUUAGUUCUGUAUUGUUAUGUCUUUGUGCCCGAUAAUUUGUUUUGUAACCAUCGUAUGAAUUACUUCUGUACGUACUUUUUUUAAUCAAAGUUAAAAAAAGUAUUUGUAUAACAAAAAUGAGUCUUGGAAAUAUUUUGAAGAAACAUACCAGAAAAUCCGCAAAAGUUGCUUACAUAUAUACUUUUGAUUCUCCUAUUGGUAAAAUCAUUGCUUGUGCAGAUGAUAAUUACGUUUAUCUUGUGUGCUUUGAAGAAUCUGCGAAUGUCGAGAAAAUGUUGAAAACAAUAACAGAAAGGAUAAAUUGUCAAUAUAUUGAAGAGAAAAAUAAAAUUUUGGAACUGUUUGAAUACGAAAUACGAGAGUAUUUUGAUGGCAAACUCAAAAAGUUCACUGUACCUAUCAAGACAUUUGGUUCAGAGUUUCAAAAAGAAGUUUGGGAUAAGCUCAUGGAAAUACCAUAUGGGACUACGAAAACUUACGGAACCCUUGCUAAAGAAAUGGGUCGUGCAGCGAGUCACUCAAGAGCUGUCGGUGCAGCUUGUGGAGCAAAUGCUCACAUCAUAAUAAUACCAUGUCAUAGAUUGAUUGCUACUACAUCAAAGGGAGGAUUCAGCUGUGGUAUAGAUCGUAAGGAAUGGAUAAUAAAGCAUGAGAAGGAUUUUGCAUCAUAAGUCAUAGAUAGGAUUUAAAAUGAUAGUUUGUUUAAAUUCUUUCUAGCAGUAAAUAAUAAUAAUAAUAGGUUCUAAAAAAAACUAAUAACUGAUGUAAACUGUUUGUAAGACAUGCUCUGAUUCAGAGUUAUUUUCUGUUCUAGAUACUUUGAAUAGAAAUGGGAAUUUUUUUCACUGUAUAUGUAUAUCAUCAUAAUUUGUAUUUAAUACAAUUUUGAUGCAACUUCAAUUGUUGAUUUAAAAUAUAGUUAAUGUGAUUAUACUAUGUAUAAUACACAUUUUAUUUGCCUACAAUAUUAUGAUAAUAAAAAUUUGUAUAAAUAAUUAAGUCUGUUAUUUUAAUAAACUUAAAAUAUAAAUGAUCAUUCAAAAAAGCAACUGUAAUGCUCUUUUUAAGUGACUAACAAUGUCCACUGACCUUUAGUUUAUUUAUCAUUUAACACCUCAUAUUGUAGUUUGAAGGUACAUUGUUUAUACAAAUACAAAUGUAUGUUAGAAAUGAUUUGGUGUUACAGGUUGUAAAGAAAUCUCAGGCAAAAUAAAAUUUAUUCCUACAAGGUGAGGUAUAGUGUGGAUUAAGGAUGGA